AUCAAGCAGAGAGGGUGUGUUCGUAGCGUAUGGGAGCAUACGGUGAGGUUGCUUGUUAGUCAACAAUGUCACAGUGGCUCUGAAUCACUCCGCUGCUUCGACGUCACUGAUGAUAUAGCUGACGAAGAUGCGUUCUUCUCACUACGCUUUGCCCUGUCUCUUCCCUUCUGGAACGAUAUAAAACCUUGCAUACCGACGGAUUGAGCUCGGCCGAAGUCACUCUCGGAAGUACACAACAUACCAACUGAGAAACCAACCUCAUCAGUCUUUACAUAGAUUAUCAUUCUUCAAUCGUGGUUCAUUAUGAUCACCGUACUGCAGAACCCACAGGACGCUGCCGUCUCAUAUCCUGCGGAGCCACAAGAGAAUGACCUACUUGGCUCGUAUGGAACAAAAGCCCUGAACGUUGAGACGACUGAAAUCGCGGCUUCCUCCUCCUCCUCCGAAGCUGCUGAGGAUCUCACUGAGGAGCACCAUCGCAAUGAGUCUUCUCUGCAGCAGCCGUUGAGCGAAGUUGAUCGACAUGAGCAACCUGCCGCAAACGGAAACACGGGGUCCGCGUUGGACAUUCCUCCUGUAACCGUCUCCACCCCCGAAAGCAGCGACAAUCCGGUUGUUGAAGCAAACGAGGAAGUCCCAGUCACGUUCAAGCACGAGGGCAAAGAUGUCAAGGAUGACACCUCGUACCUCCCAGCGGAAGCCCCCAAGACCGCCCACGGAGAGGAGAACAGUCCCGUCUCCGAAGACGAAGCAACAGCAAUUGCAGUCUUAAAAGUCGUCGAGAGUUACGGGGUGAACUUUGAGAAGACUGGCGAGUCCUGGCAGGGGCUGACCUCGUUCAUUCCCACCGUGGUUGAGCAAGUCAAAAAGCGGGAGCCUGUUCGGAUGAUCCUCCCGGCUUUCCCUUUCAAGUCCCCCAAUGCUCGAGACAAGGUGUUGAGUGUGAUGCCAGAUCUUGGAGAGGAGCUGGCUUUAUAUCAUUUGAACGGCCUGUGCGAGAACAUUGGAAGAGUCUACGAACCGGGUGCAGAUGUAUACAUCAGCUCCGAUGGACUCGUAUACAAUGAUAUCCUGGGAGUACCUGACGAGACUGUCUGGGAAUAUGGAGAAGCCCUCCGCAGGAUGGCCGUUGAGAAGGAGCUUCAUCAUGUCAAAUUUAUCCGACUCUUUGAGCUUCUCGAACACCCGUGGAUCCCUCUGACCAGCGCUGAGCAAGCCAAAUCAUAUUAUCUGGCGCAUGCCCAAUGUCUCCGAAGGGAAUUGAUGUACCGAUUCGAAGACCGCAGCUUCGACGCUGAUGCAGCCAUCCGCAGUGACAAUGAUACCUGCCUGACAUAUCGCGGGUACAUCAAGUUCCUGACCAAGGACCUGGCCCCUCAGAUGGACACGCAGUAUACGAGCAAAAAGGCAAGAGCGGCUCAUAUUGCCCAGAUUGCCCGUAGCAUGAUCGUCCGCGGAAAGAUGUUUGCGGCCGCCAUCAAGGCCAACCGUGCCGAUUACGUCCGUCUCUCCAUCCACGAGUCAAACGGAGCAAAGAAACUGUCCAUCUCGCUCGUCCCCCAGCUCCGAGGCGCCCUCGGGUACACACCAUGGCAUUCGUCGGUUGCAGUCGGCGCUGACGGCACAUUCCGCACCGUUCAUGCGGAGGAUGUGCGUGAGACGCACGAGCUAGUCUACAAGAACGGCCAGCCAUACUACUUCCGCGAGAAGUCCAAGCUCUUCGACUGGGUCGAGGACGGCCUGCGGGUCAAGUUCGAGCAUCUCUACCCAUGUGGCCUCGUCAUCCGGCCCAGCGAUAUCGAUGACUCGCGGCCCCCUCCCUCCAUCCGCGACCUGCCAAUGCACAAAGUCCGCCAGCUCUCCAGUGGCCUCUCCCCGGUCGUCCUGCGCGGGUUCCGCGAGACCCUCGAAGAAGAGCUCUACGUCCAGAAAGCAUCCGAGCUCGGCGCCAUCCUCCCCUGGAGCUUCGGCAUCAUCCAGAAGGUGCGCGACGCAGGUCGCACCGACAAGCUAGGUAACAACGUCACCUCCAACGAGGCGAUGCCAAUGCACUACGACGGCAUGUUCAAGUUCGAAGAGGAGACAGAUCCCGUCACGGGCGAGGUGAAGCGCGUCCAAAAGCCUCCAGGUUACCAAUUCUUCACCUGUCCCGCCACCGCGCCCAAGGGGAGCGGGUACACGCUCUUCGCCAGCUCCCGGCUCUUCUUCCGCUACCUGCCUCUGCCGUGGACCACAGAGCGGCUGCAGAAUGUUACCUGGGCCAUGGACAACGACGGCUUCUGGGACGCCAAGCUGAAGAAUCUGCCCCUGGUCGUGCCGCACCCUGUCACCGGGCUGCCGUGCAUGCGCUGGCACCAGCCGUGGGACUCUACCAAGACCAAGUUCUCAACCUGCGCGGUCACGAUCGAGAACGAUGAGCAGGGCCUUGUCUCUGUGGUUGAUGACCUGACGUAUGACUACCGCGUCUGUCUGCGGUUCUCAUGGGAGCAGGGCGAUCUCCUUGUCAGCGACAACACGGCCAUGCUGCAUACCCGGACGGGGUACAAGACUGAUUGUGAUCGGGAGCUAUGGAGAAUUCACUUUGACUAGUGUUUCAACUGAUCCUUUGGAGGCAGAUUGGUUUUGCGCAAUCAAUGGCUUUCUGGUCACUGAAUUAUCUUUGUUGAUUCUCUUCGUUCCCUUUCUUCAUUGCAUCCGAGUUGUUAUUGUAUUAAGCAGUCAGGUAGAUUGUUCCACAUUCCUUAGGUACUUAGACUCUGUUUCUGCAAAGGUCUACUGGCACCUUCUCCUUAUAUCUAUUCUCAGUAAGCCAAAUAACUCUUAGCAUAUAAUGGCAACUAUUGGAAGUUGAAUUGAGUGUCAAAUGUGG